CUCAAGUUCUCUGUUUCUCCUGCCCCUGUGAGAUCUGACUCUCCUGUAUAUGCAAACCUACAAGAACUGAAGAUUUCUCAGUCCAAUCUGCCCCCUCAGCCCAGUGCUGCCCCUGUCCAAAUUACAGGGGAGUGGGAAACGCACAAAGAUAGUACUGGACGUUUCUAUUAUUAUAAUAAAGCUUCCCAAGAAAGAACCUGGAAACCGCCACGCUGCACAAAAGAACCAAGUAGGGGAGAGUCAGUAAAUCAAACUGAUCAUGAGCAACUUUCAUCUGAAGAAAAUUAUCACAACACACAUGAAAACCAAUCAGAUAGUCAAUAUGGUUCUCCCAAGGGCUGGUCAGAAGAACUGGAUCAGCAUGGCCAUAUCUUCUUUAUCAAUGACCAAACCAAUGAGAAGUGGAUAAAACACGUGGACGAGCAAGGCCGGCCUUAUUACUACAGUGCAGAUGGGUCACGCUCUGAAUGGGAGCUGCCAAAGUACAACUCCUUAGCACCGCCUCACCCGAGAGAAAUCACUAAAAGUCGGAGUCUUGAUCGAAAGUUUCAUGAUCCGAUCGUUUUAACAAAGUGGCGACACAGCACAUAUCUACUGGAGCCCAACGAUAAGUUACUUAUGAAGCAAAAGCGUAAUUCCACAGAAUGUUAUAUGCCUAUCCCUGGUCUUUUGACUCCACCUUUCACAGAAAAAGAAUCAACACCAUCCAAGCAUAAUUUCCCAGAGGUUGAGAUCUCCCCGUCUUCUCCAAAGCUUCACUCCACAGAUCAAGAAAAGUAUGGUGUGUUAAAUGUGACUAAAAUCACAGAGAACGGGAAGAAAGUUAGGCAAAACUGGACAUCAUCAUGGGCUGUACUGCAAGGCUCCUCCAUGUUGUUCCAAGGAACUGGAGCUAGCUGGAAAUUUGGAAGUAACCAGUCCAAACCAGAAUUUACGGUUGAUCUCAAAGGAGCCUCCGUGGAAUGGGCUACAAAGGAUAAAUCCAGCAAAAAGAAUGUUAUAGAGGUUAAAACCAACUCGGGAACGGAGCUACUCAUCCAAUCUGAUAAUGACAAUAUGAUCAGGGAAUGGUACACAGCACUUUGCAACACUAUGGGUAUUCCGAUUGCAGAGUUGGAAGAAACCAGUGAGGAUAACGUGCCCGACUCUCCAGUGGAGAAGCAAGGGAAGGAUAAGCAUGACAAAGAAAAGGAUCAUGACAAAGAUUCCAAAAAGAGUCGAUCCAUUAAACAAACAACCAGCAUUGAUAACACUGAGCAGAAAAAGACCAAAACGAAGUUAAAGAAGUUUCUCAUCCGGCGGCCAACGUUGCAAGCUGUCCGUGAGAAGGGCUACAUCAAAGACCAGGUAUUUGGCUCCAGCCUGGCCAGUCUUUGUCAGAGGGAAAACACUACUGUGCCAACAUUUGUUAAGAUGUGUAUUGACCAUAUUGAAGAAAAUGGACUGGAUAUAGAUGGUUUGUACAGAGUCAGCGGGAACCUUGCUGUGAUACAAAAGCUCCGCUUUGCAGUAACGCAUGAUGAGAAACUGGACUUGAAUGACUGUAAAUGGGAAGAUAUCCAUGUCAUUACAGGUGCUUUGAAGAUGUUCUUCAGAGAACUGCCCGAACCCCUUUUUACCUACAACUACUUCAAUGACUUUGUGAAUGCUAUCAAACAAGAGCCCAAACUUCGCGUUCAAGGUGUCAAAGAUCUAAUUAAGCAGUUGCCAAAGCCCAACCAAGACACAAUGCAGGAGCUCUUCAAGCAUCUUAAACAUGUUGUGGAAAUUGGAGACAAAAACCGAAUGAAUUUUCAAAGUUUAGCAAUAGUAUUUGGCCCAACUUUGUUGAAGCCGGAAAAAGAAACUGGUAACAUAGCCAUCCAUACAAUAUACCAGAGUCAAAUAGUAGAGUUAAUUCUAAUGGAGUAUAACUCGAUCUUUGGCCGCUGAGCCGUCAUCUCUGACAACCACUGAACGACCAUCUCAGCUAGAAGGACACAACCACCUUUUUGCUUUUUUUUUUUUUUCUAUUUUGGACCAAAAACCACCUGAGUUUCUUUUUGCACUUCUGUGAAGAUCAUUGGAAAGCGCUGGAGUUGAAACAUUUUGGCCUACGUAUCUCAUCAAGUCUCCAUGGACUAUUUUUGACAUUUUAUGAUUGGGGAUUUUGCAUUCAGAUUUUUCCUUUUUUUUUUUUUUUUUUUUCUUAACAGAACUGCAAGUCUAACACAGACACUGGAUUUACUGGAGAUUAAAACUACUAAUAUGCCAUAGAUAUGAACUUUUAACCACUGUCACUUGUUCUGAAGUGUUUGAAGCUGAUCUUUGUAUUUGCUGUUGAACCAUUUUGAAGUUCAGUUUAUUUUUUUUCUAGUGAAAAUGCAUCUGGUAUGUGUGGUUGGAAGCAGCCAGUGUCUUCUUGUGCAGGUAGACGGCAAAACGGUCAGCAGAACAUCUGACAAAUGCUCGGCUCUGCAUGGAGAAUUCUUAUAGCAUUGCGUUCUAUUCCUUCUCAAGCUCUCCCUGCUGGAAAAAAUGAGCUUCUGUUCUCUCAACCUUGCAGAGCUGCACACUGGUGUUAAUUAUUAUUUAAGCCACCAAAAUCAUUUUUGGGACUCUUCUUUUUUUUAUUUAUCAGUGCAUUCUCUCUGACUGACUUUUGAUUGUGUGUGGAAGUCAGAUAACCAUGGUAUUCUUCGACAUUGCUAACUGUGUGCUAACCUGCAGCUACAAGAUUCCAUUGAGCGCUGAUACUGUAUACUGUGGUCAUGCUAAUUCUGUGGUAUUAAAAUAUUACACUUAAUAUGUAAAUAGAAGCCAAAGGACAGCUUAGCUUUUGGCGUACUGUAUAUAAAGAAAACUGUAUAGCCCUAAUUUCUUUUUUUUUCCUCUUCAUUUUCACACCUUUCUAAUGCUGUGCAGGAAGGUUUCUCUUUUUCUCUCGGAUAAAUGACCUACCGAUCAGAACUAAAGGUACCUGUAGACAUCAGAUGAUGAUUUUCUAAUAUUGGAGAUUUACAACCAUUCUUUGCAAUAAAGUGGACCUGCAGUGUAGAGUUAGGUCUGCUUUAAUAGACUGCCCAGGCAUUA